AUGCAUAUUUUUGAACUUACGCAUAUAGUCACAAAUAGAUACAAUCAACUAUAUAUAACUGAAAUCGAAGAAGUUGAAUUAGAAAAAACUUUUAAUCCAAAUAUUAAUACUGAUGUGCAAAUAUCUGAAAUUGAAGAACCUAAUACUGAAAGCUCAGAUCAUUAUACUUUUGAUGUCUGGCAUUAUGUAAAUAAAAAUGAUCCUAAACAUCAUUAUUGUUUAACAUGUAAAUUUAUAUUUUCAUCAAAAACUAGUGCAUCAAGUAUAUGA